AGAAAACAUUAUGUUUAGUUUAUUUUCGGCCGCUGAAUGGUAUUGAUGUGUCUUUUGGUUUCUUUUUCUGGAUUUGUUUGUAGAAAAAAUCACGUAUUUCUCUGUGAAUGCUAAAUUUUUAAUCGUCUAGUGUAAGGUGCAAGAGGUUACUAUUUUUCGAAGUGCAAGAAGUUUCUUUUUGUGACAAUCGUGCAAAUAAUUUUGGUGGAAAGAGAACAGACGGAAAAAACAAUGGACAACCGAUUUGGGUGUCAUUUGUUUAUUUUACUCUUUAUGUUUUCCGGGCUCGACAAUAUUCGAAUGUUGAAUAUUGAACGAGAUGUAAUCUUUACACCAAAUCAAAUGACUCAAGUGGCUGGAAAAACGUUAUAUUAUAAUCCCAGCGAGGCAAACGAGAUAGACCGUAACCGGCAUAACAACAACAUUGAUGACUACAUCGUUGAGCAGAACGUGGAAAAUCGAUGGUUGGAACCGUUAAAGCAUUCAUUAUAUCUGAUGCUUAACAAUAAAAUCAAUUCAAACGCAAGCACAAGUGAUGUAAUCCUCGAGGAAAGUAUUCAACUGGCAAGAUUCCUCGAACUGAACAAUGGACAUAAUAGAAAUAGUCGGUUUGGUGAUGUGAUCAAUUUGGUGAAUGGAAAGCUUGAGAUUGAUCGAAAUGGCGUAUUUCAAUUGGUUGAAAUCCAUGAUAACUGUAUAAAAUAUUGUCUGGAAGAGUCGAUCGAUGAACAUAAUAUAACGGCAUUUUGGUCAGUUUAUAAAAUUCGUCAUCGAGAUGAAAAGCGCGGCUAUCGAUAUGAAUUGAAAUUUACGAUACGUCGCUUGCAGAACAGUCCACUUCUGUUCAAAAGAAAUGAUGAUCAUAGCGCAAAUAUUCGAAGUUUUCUCCUGAGAGAUCAAGAUUAUCCGAAAUUCUUUGAAGAGGCCGUCGUUAAAAAGAAAAAACUUUCCAAAAUGGAGAAAAGAAUUUUCAACACUCUCUAUGACAAUGCAGAACAGCCAUUCAAUUUAGAUUAUCGUGCACAUCCAUCACAACAAUAUGAUCAAGACAAUUUAAAUACCGGCGAAUAUUAUGCCAAAGGAUCGACACAAGAUGUUCGCUAUCAAGUACACAAUCCACAAGAAGUGGCCACUGAAAAUGCGAAUGUGCAUCAUCACUAUUUCCUCAACAAAAAUGAAGUGCCGAUCUUUAAAUCGAGCCAUUACGAGAAGUUGGCCACAUUUCCCGAUCGAUACAAUGCAUUGAAUUUCCCAAAUAACCAUGUCGUACCACCAAAUCAAGUGUCCAUACCACGGGUGCACAGUCAACUUGAUAGCUAUGGUGAGAUUUUACAAACCACAUCUCAGACCCCAUUCCAAUUUCCAAACCAUGUGAAUUUUCAAGAACAACAACGAACCGAAUUCAUUCGGCCAACAACAUACAGAGGUCAUUACGAUGAUAACCGCGAAUCAAUUUUGGAUGGUGAAGUUAAACGGGAUAAUUUUGUGCAUCAUUCAAAUCGAAAUCAAUUGAUUCAAUUCCCAGUUAGGCAUACCCAUGUCAUUGACAUAACCUCGACUCCAUCAACAUAUGCGAUAAAUUUGAAUAGAUCGCCGGCACCAUCAAUUCAAACUCAUUAUAAUAAGCAGUAUACGCAUACAAAUGGCAUUCAGCCGGCAGAAUUAAAUCAAAAUUAUCAACAUUCGUAUUGGUUUGGACAGCAUCCGCAUCAACAGAAUUUCAAUUUUGUAGGUAGUUAUCCUUAUCGAGACGACAUUUAUUCGGAAUUAGAUCCAAUUUAUCAUGGCCCAUUAGCAACACCAUCGGACAUACCAUCGUCAAGUGUUCCUGGUGGAAUCGAUGGUGAUAUUCAUGAUGCGGACGCUGGGUUUGUAUCACAAUUACCAUUGCAAACUGAAGGCGAUGGCUUUUCAUCAUAUGAUAUUCCAAUGGAAGUGCAUCAAACCACUUCGACAAAUACCGAUCCCAGUUUUACAACGCCAUACAAUUUUGUGACAACAACACAAGUUGAUAGUUCACAGUCAGAGGAUAAGAGUAAACCAUUUCCCGAUUCAAUAAAUGCUCAAUUGCCGCCACCUGAUUCUGGCGCCGAUACUCGUAUUCCAUAUGUUGAUGAAUCGACACCGAGAAAAAAAUCAAAUCGAAAACACAACGAAAAAAUCAAAGUGAUUAUUAGCGAAGAGAGUGGCGACGACAGUGAUGAUGACAAUGAUGACAGUUUAUCGUUUGGAAAACCAAGCAUUGAGAAUAUUGUGCAGAAAACUACGAAAAAAUCGACACAAAACCGAUACAAAAAUUCAAAGAAUACAAGCACCACUGAAAAACCGUCAUGGACGCCAAAACGGCCACGAUUGAGAAAUUCAGAUAAGUAUAAAACGAACAGUGAACUGGUGAAAAGACCAGAGAAAAUACCACCAUCACAUGCCAAUCGAAGAAAACUCACAUUACGUAAAGUAACGACAACAACGGCUGCUGCACCAACAAGUGUAACUCAGGAAUUUAACGAUGAAAGUAGUGAGAGGGUAACAGCUUCAACAACACAUGUGCCGAAAAUUGAAGAACAACCGAGAACAACACAAAGUGUUCGGAAAUCGGUGAGCGUACACAUUGCAGAAAAAGUUACGGUAAUGCCAAAGAAAUCAACAAAAAUGGUGCAAAAUAGCAGUAAACAUGGAGAAAAUCUCAAACUGCGUCGUGUCGCACGAGUAAGAAAAGUUGAGAAAAAUAUAGCUGACAAUUCAUCCACCACUGCACAAUCAUUAGAACAGUAAGGCGAUUCGAACCGAUUUUUCGUGUUAAUUUUUGAUUAUUUUUUCGAUUCGUUCUAAGGGAAUGGUUUCAUUUCGUAUUUUUAAGCACGUAAAAUAGUUAAAUA